UGGAAACAAAUGGGCUCUAAUGGCUACCAAGGUUUCUGGAAGAUCAGACAAUGACAUCAAAAACUUUUGGAACUCAAGAAUGAAGAAGCGCCUAAGAAAAUAUCCUCCACAAAUAACGGUUCAACAAGCACAACACUUUUCUUCAUCACCAUUUUAUUCGGUCUUAGCUUCAUGUUACCCUAAAAAUAAUCUCAGUGUUGAACUACCUUCAAACAUUUCUGCUGCCAAUCCUCCACCAAAUCAUAAUCAGAAACAACCUAAUCAAAAUGAUUCUUCUUCUUCUUCUUCUUCUUCUUUCUCUUGCACCAAUAAUAAUGCAAGUUUUGUAUUGCCAUUAACCCCUGUGUCUCCUUAUUGUAAGAGUAAUGGUUUAUUGAAUGAUGUGGUGAUGGAGUGUAAUGCUCUUUGUCGCAAGGGAAAGUCAAAGAUGGAUGCAACCAUUGUUAUUGGUAAGGAGGAAGAAGAAUUAGCUGAUAAGAGAAAAAUUAUUGAAGAGCCACCAUUGCCACCAGUUGGAACCAGUAAAGAGCAAGAAACAGCCACCAUUAUUGCAACUCAAAGCUCUUCUCAUCAAUUGAUUUCAACAGAGAAGAAUGAUAAUGGAGGUUGUAACAAUAACAAGGAGGCAUUGAAUAAUUCUAUGCCACAAAUGGACGAUGAAUUGCUUAGCAUACUUAAAAAUUGUCCAAUAUAUUCGCCAGUGCGAAAGUGGUACAAAGUUGAUGAUGAUGAGGACUCCCUGAUGAUGAUGGAGAUUUGAAUCUUGGUAACUUACGGAAUAUUGAUGGAUGGUAAUAACUAAAGAAAUCGUAUAUGCGUUCAUUCAUAUAUUUAGAACAAUUAGAAAUCCAAUAUGCUAUAUUAGGAUUUUAAGUUAGGUAAGCAGAAGAACACACUGCAACUUCAAAGUGUGCAGG